AUGGUUGCAACAGCAGUUGAUUAUACAAACCAUUUCUGGGGUCAGAAACAUCAUGGAUAUCAUGUUUUAUAUGAGAAUCUGAAGCAUGAAGAAGAAUCCGUGCAAGAAUUAGCGCAGUUUGUGAAAGAAAGAGCAACCUAUGAAGAAGAAUGGAACAAAUUUUUGAAUAAAUGUAUUGCUAAGACAAGUGGGCUGGUUGCACCCAAUUCGAUGUUUUCAAAUGCAUGGCUUGUGACGAAGAAUACAAUGGAACUUUUAACAGAAAUACAAGCAUCCUUCUAUAUUACCUUGCAGCAUCUGCUGAAAGAUGUUUUCAAAUACCACGAUGAUUUUGUACGGUCAAGAAAAAGAAUGAAAGAGCAAGAUGUUGUGGAUGCAGUGAAUUUAAUGCAGACUACUACUACUUGUCUGCAAAAGUCGAAAGAAACAUACGCACAACGGGUAAAUGAACUGGAACGUUUAAAAAAAGAAAAUGCAGCACCAAAAGACAUUUCAAAGGCUGAAAAUAAGUUAAACAAAUCAUAUGAUGAAUAUAAGGGUUAUGUAGACAAAUAUGGCCGCGUACGAGCUGAUUUUGAAGAGAAAAUGAUUAAAGCAACGCGUCUAUUUCAAGCACACGACCAAGCCUUUUUGCUGCAAAUGAAAGCCUUUAUGGCAGUAUUUGCGCGUGCAUUGGACGAAUCUGCAUCUGCUACAUCACAGGUAUGUGCUCUGUAUCGGGAUUCGGUUGAUAAUUUGGAUAUUGAUGGAAUGCUAAUUAAAUUCGUUGAAACAAAAGGAACAGGCAAAGAUCGGCCAGAACUUGCCGUUUUUGAAGAAAUUGAUAUUGCUAAAGAUAUCAAUACACCUCUUGUACUGGCGCCAUGUUCUCUUGAUCUAUUAACAGCUGUACAAAAAUCAGCUCCUGUGAAUGGUGACCUAUCCGCAGCAUGCAAUUUGAUGACACUUGAUACCAAUACUUUUGAUUCCUAUGAAACUAAUGCUUUGAAAGUUCAGCCUUCUCCAGUAGCAAGUGAUAGCAGUUCAUCAACCGCGGCUAAUAUUGGCCCUGGAUCUUUACCGUUCUCAGCGUCAUUGGGUCGCCAAAAAUUGUCAUUGUGGUUGCCUGGCAAAAGGAAGAAAUAUGCAUCGCAAAGCAGUUUGUCAGCAGCGGAAUCUACACAUCAAGAAUUUAGUCACAGUCAGUCAGAGUCUUUGGGCUUCUUAAAGAAAUAUCGAAGCAAACAUAAGAAGUCAAAUACUGACAUCACCGCAUCAAACAUAGAUGGUCCAGCCAACGAAGACUCGAAAAGCACAGCAAGUAGUAGCAAGAGUGAAGAAAAACCUUUUGUUACAACAAAUGGUUCUCUUAAUAUAUAUGCACCUGUAACUGUACCACCGCCACAUCCUACUGUGCCACCACCAGGGGAUAAUGACGAUGAAGGUGCUGGUGACAAUUUCGGCCGAUCACGUUGGAGUAGCUGUACUGAGUCUUCAGAUGAUGAUGAAGACUUACGACAAGCGGCCAAACUGCGCCAUAUAAACAUUAAGCCUCUUAGUGAAUCUAAAGCUAACAUUACCGCGUCAGUUGAUGAACUUCGGGACGCGAUUGGAAAUAUCGAUCCAUGGUCAUCCACACGUCGUUCAGCACCUUUCAAUACAGGUGUGGAAGGGAUCGUUCGACCACUUCGUGCUGCGCUUACUGGUGAUGAUCAUAUUCGGAAAAAACAUUUGGGUAAUCCUGAUUCCUAUAAUUCAUCGUUGCCAUUUUCCUUUUCGAUAUCUGGUUCAAAUACAGUUCGAGCUAGACCACACAGUAGUAGUACCCCAACACCUGGAGUAUCUAACUUGACAUUGCAAACAUGUGAAAAUGCAUCAGUUCAACAUUCUACUCAAAUGGAUUCGAUGGAAAGUGAACAGGCGUUUUCUCAAGGUGAAUCAGCUCUGUUCUUAGAGCACUCUACGGCUACUGAAACACCUUUCACGAUGUCAACAUCGAAUUCAUUGAGCACUACAACCACAAUAACAGAGAAUCGUAUCCCGGUUGCAAUGGCAAUUAAUGAGUAUAUACAUGCGUGGUUUAGGGGAACAGAUCCGACAAAGACAACGGUCCGGGUUUUCGGUUCUGUUCUUGUAUCGUUCCCAGCGACUGUAGUUUCUGCUUUAACUGACCUUACCUCUGACAUUGAUCCACUUAUCCUUACGUUGAAAAAUGCCGACAAAAUCAAAACUAUCUCGUCAAAUAAUCAGUUAAUUUCUCAAGUUAUUGAUGCUUUCGCUGCUCCUUACACGUUCAAAUUUGAGAAAACACAACUAGCUAAAUGGUUGUCUACCCGAAUGGUUGAGAAACCAGAUUCUCAAUUCUUUAGUGCAGAGGUCCUGACGUAUGAAGUAAAGGAGCCGACUAUUCCACCUCUUAUUUUAAUAGUAUACUGGAAAUUGGAGGCAUAUAAUACUGAUUUAAGAAUUGAUUAUCGAUUAAAUAUGGAUAGCAGUAUUAAUUGCUCUCUUGUAAAUGUUAUUUUCACCACAAAAGUAGAGGGUUCUGUGGUCAGUGUUAUUGCGGAUCCCAAUGCUGAAUGGUCACCGUCGAAUAAUACAUUGUCUUGGAAACUGGCUGGACUCUCUCGAGAUGGUGAAUGUAGUGGGUCACUAAAAGCAAGGCUUUCGCUUUCGAGCGGUCCUGCAACUGCGUCACAGACUUUCGUCCAAUUUCAAACAUCAAAUGUAACUAUAUCUGGUGCAGACAUAACUAUUACAAGCGAUGAUUUAUAUCAUUUAUCUAUGGUACGACGAAACGUUUUCUCGGGCAAAUAUUUUUGUGAUGCCGAAAUCUGCAGUUAA